AUGGAUCCAAACCGAUCACCCUUUGACGAGGAAGUGGAUCGGAUUAGCCAAAUGCAACGACUGCGCUCGUUGGACGGACAUCGGUUCUUUACCCGGUCCAACAGCAGCAACGGUACGCAGAAUGUUCUGCUGAAGGUGCUGAACCGGGAGCAUUCGGGCUACCUCUCCACGGGGUUAAACAAACGUUCCCAUCAGCUACCAUUCCAGGAGGUGCCGGAACAGUUACAGUUCUGCCUGAAAAGUAUCGUACCGUACUGUUUUUUGAGUGGGCAUAUCUUCAUGGGCUUGACCAGCUGUGGACAGUUUUUGCUCAGCUACAAACUAUCGUAUGACUAUGAUGAAGCGUUCGCGAAUGAUUUCUGCUCCAUCCACAAAUAUGAGCUUUACUUUUGGAUUUACAGGCCGCAUGUGUUGUUGAGUAAAUAUUUUCACGUUUGCCUUUUUGACGACCACGGAGUGGGCGAAAUUAAGUCCGUAUCGAUAACGCAAUGGAAGACGGACAGCCAACUGCUGAUCGUGCACGGUGGUAAUUUGAACGAAGAUUCGGAAUCCUACGUGACGAUGGUGCGCGUACCGAAGCUGGGCUGUCUCGACUGCAAGCAGGUACGCGAUGCGCACGAAGGUGACGAACAGCGUCAGGAUAUUCUGUGCAUUGGCUGUAACAUGACGAUCCACAUGAAGUACCGUGGUACCGACUCAGGUCCACGGUUUAAUCCGAACUUCAAUCUCAACUGUCCUGGAUACGUGAUUAUGAGCGAGAAUAGCAUCAUUCACACCAUCAACGUGAAGCUGGACUCAAGCCGAAGCCAUGAGUGUGUGGACCAGUCGGCCACAUUGAGCUCCAAGUAUCUGGGACAUGUCAACUCGCAGAAGGAUGCGCUGGUAGACGAGUGUAAAAAGAUGGCGCCCUGCACUGCGACGGCCGUUCCGAAGCAACACGAAAGCAACGGUUUGACGAAGAAGAGUGAACUUGAGACGUCGGCAAAAGUCUGUGAAGGGCCGGCCACUGCUACUACGCUGCUCAAUCCGGAACUGAGCAUUGCGGAACAAAUCAUUGCGGAUUUUGCAGAAUACGAGACUGAUAUGUACGAAACGAAGUGUUCCAUUCGAAGCUAUCCGGAUAACUUUGACGAGCUCAUCAUUACCUCGCCUAUUGCUUCCGCGGCGCUGCAUGAAUCAACCACCGAACCGGCCAUGGCGCAAGUGCGACUGAUGAACCAUCGUAACAACACAAACAUAGAGCUAAGACUUGAUGGCGCAUCCUCCGAAGGUGGUGGUGGUGCGUCGUGUUCGGCGUCGUCCGUUGCUAUGGCGGGUCCGUCGGCGAAACCGGUAUCGAUCGUUCCACCACCGCGCAAAUCCUUCGUGACUCGCGUCGAUCUGCAAUGUGGCGGUAGUUCGCCCUCUGUACCCAUGUGUGAUAUGUCAUUUACGGCUAGUUCCUCAACCACUGCGCUGGCACCGUCGAUAUCGCGGUCGCCACUGCGACGACGAUUCGAUCUGUCCGACUCGUCCUAUGUUCCUAACGCGCAAAUUGCUCACCAACAGCCAAAGCUGCCCUUACAGCAAUGCGUUGUAAACGGUGCCAAUGGUGCAAACUUCCAAGUCACUUCCGAAGCGUCCGGCCUCGAACCGGAUGCAGAUUCUGCCGCGAAAGCCUACGAAUUCUCAGAGGAUAACGAGCGUUGCGAAAAGAUAAGCGCCUUUCGCAAACGACGUCUGGCCGACAAAAAGUAUGAAUUUUCCGAGGAACCAACCAGCGAGGAAAACAUCGAACCGUUCAACCGGUUGCGAAACCAAAUCCGGGCUCGCGUUACAGCGCCCGGUUAUAGUGCGUCACAUUAUCAUGCUAGCUAUGCGGAUCUAAUCUCAACUACUCAUCAUCUGCAUCGAGCCUCGCCAAAUCAUGGGUUCCGGUCACCGUGUGGUUCGCCGGUUGGGAACAGAUAUCUUCGCUCACCACCUGGUAUUCGUUCCCCUUCGUACUAUCGACAUCGCUCUCCGUCAUCUCAAGGGCAGCCCGGUUGUGGUUCGGUAGUGCUGGUUGCUGGUGGCACUGGUGGUGGAAUUGCGCCGGGUGCCUCCGCAGCAGCAGCAGCAGCAGCAGCGGUCGGUGGUCCGAUGAAACAGAUGAAACGCAAUGUUCCGAUCGAUCCGCGCGACUACAUACAGAUACUGUCACCCGGCAAUGGCAUUCCAGCAGGUUCGAGCGGCGAGACGGGCAUUCCAGACAUUCCGAAGUUUUUCAUGGAUGCGGUCCAGAAGAUUAGUGCAAAAAGGAUGGCAAACGAGCUGCUGCUGUUGGACGAGUCAAACAACGAAAAUAACAUCAAUGGUGAUAAUCAGCUACCGACCAAGCGAUCCGGCAGCGUCGAGGCAUCGUCCGGAUCAUCGAAAACGGCAACAGAGAUGCCGACCUGUACGAAAAGGAUAGUCAAAAUUUACGUCGAGGAGGAUGAUGCCAAUUCCGUGGUAACGAUGGAGGAUGAUGACUGCAUUUCGCCCGGAUAUCAUGCCUCACUGCCAAUGGAGGUGCACGGUUCCUGUUACUCGAAGAUGCAAAUCAUUUCAAAGGCCUCGUUCGAAAAGCUCAAUUGUCCGGCAGUAGUCGUUACGCAAAACUCGUUCGACAUGGAAGUGUUUUCGUUCCACGUGGCCAACUAUAUCUGCGCACAGGAAAGCAAAAAGUAUGGAAUCCUGUUGGAUUCGGCGUACGAACUAACGCACGUAUGUCCUCUAACGGAAACGAUAACCUGCACAACGGUGCUGCAGUUUACGGCAAAUGAUAUUGGCAACAGUAAACCGAAACCGUGCCAGAACUGUUCCGCCACCAUCGACUGCCAAACGCAUCGGAAGAUCUACCAGUGUCGUUCACUGUUCACCUGGUGUAUUACAACGGGCGAAUGGAUGAUACUGGACUACGGGCAUUUAACGUCCGGUCCGUACUUGGAGGUGAAGAAGCUGGCCUCCAACUACAAUUACUUGCUGAAAAAGUUGCGCUCGUUCACGACGAAGUUGUUUACGGGUGAAGGGCAAACCGAAGUCAACCGUACGUACGAGUACCUGCAUCAUCUGCGAGUGCUUGAUUCGGAUACGAAGAAGGCGAAACGCCGCCUAACCGAUCUCGAUAACAUGAUUGAGCUGUAUCUGAGGCGUCCGCGCAGGGGCGAUGAUUACAGCGGCACGGAUUCCGAUAGCUACGGUGAGGAGGAAGACGACGAGGAAGAGGAAGAAGAGGAGGAAGAAGAAGAGGAGGAAGAGGAAGAAGAAGAGGACGAAGAGGAUGCGGAAAAUGUGGACAGUUCCUCUGAUGACUGGUAG